GUUAUUUUCCUUCACGGAUUGGGAGAUACUGGGCACGGAUGGGCAGAAGCUUUUGCAGGUAUCAGAAGUUCCCACAUCAAAUACAUCUGUCCACAUGCUCCUGUUAUGCCUGUAACAUUAAAUAUGAAUAUGGCUAUGCCUUCUUGGUUUGAUAUUAUUGGACUUUCACCAGAUUCUCAUGAGGAUGAAUCUGGAAUUAAACAGGCAGCAGAAAGUGUAAAAGCUUUGAUAGAACAAGAGGUGAAGAAUGGCAUUCCCUCUAACAGAAUUAUUCUGGGAGGAUUUUCUCAGGGAGGCGCUUUAUCUUUAUACACCGCUCUUACCACACAGCAGAAACUGGCCGGCGUCACUGCGCUCAGUUGCUGGCUUCCACUCCGGGCUUCAUUUCCGCAGGGUCCUAUCAAUAGCACUAAUAGAGAUAUUUCUAUUCUCCAGUGCCAUGGAGAUUGUGACCCUUUAGUUCCCCUUCUGUCUGGUUCUCUUACUGUUGAAAAACUAAAAUCAUUGGUAAAUCCAUCCAAUGUAACCUUCAAAGUCUAUGAAGGCAUGAUGCACAGCUCAUGUCAGCAGGAAAUGAUGGAUGUCAAGCAAUUCAUUGAUAAACUCCUACCUCCAAUUGAUUGACGUCACUAAGAGGCCUUGUGUAGAUGGUCACCAGCAUCACUGUUGUAGAGUAUAAACCUUUCCCCAUGCCUGAUCAUAAAACUUCUAGUGUUCACAGUGUUAAAAUGUUUUGCUUAUGCAUAUGAUCAAUGAUAUCUCCCUCAUGGAAAUGUAUGAUUUUUUUAAGUUUCUAUACAUGUAUCUGUAUUAAGCAAUCCAUAAGAUUACUAGUAUUAAAGUCAGUGAAGUGAAGCAGCUAGUUUCUUUUUCUCAAAUUAAUUCAACAAAA